AUGUACGACGACUCCUGGUACAGCUUCGUGCCGGACGUGGCCAAGAAGGCCGCAUCGGCUGCGCAGGGCUCCGGUCAUCGCCGGAAGGAGUCCCUGCUGCAGCAGCCCAACGGCGUCGCGCAGGCCUCGGAUACGCCUGAAGUUCUCGACGGUAUUUUCGAGGACAUCGAAGAUACGAAUACGCCCCCCGAAGCUACCGUCCUGCGGCGCGCUAAGUCCUACUCCGACUUCUACCACGUCGUUCGAGCUCAAUUGGCCAAAGAUGACCAGAAGAAGAGGAGGAGACGGAGGAAGGACAAGACCUGGGACGCGCUGGAUGUUGCAGCGCAGGUCCACGAGUCCAGUCUGGCGCGACGUCCAGUGCUGGACCAGUACGAUGAGGAGCUUCUCGAAGCUAGCCAGCAGGAGUAUCUGCUCUACAAGGACCAGCUCACACUCACGGAACGGCAUCUCGACGCGCUCAUCGACGACACUAAUGCGGCAUUGAAACUCCUGACGACGCUUUCCGAAUCCUUCGAGUCCGUGGAGGCACAGACGUCAUCCUUCCAGUCGCAGUGCGAAGACUUGCUGUCCGAACAGCACCGCCUCGAGAAGCUCGCAGACGAGGUCGGCACCGAUAUCCACUUCUACCUAUACCUCGACAACGUCACAAGACGCCUGAAUGCCCCUGGUGCUGGGCGAUUGGUCGAUGACGGGUCGUUCGGUGAGGUUCUGAAGAACCUGGAUUCCUGCAUCAAUUUCAUGUCUUCCCACCCCACCUACCGUGACGCCGAAUCCUAUCUCGCGCGCUACGAGUCACUGCUCACCAAAGCGCUCCAUCUCCUCGAGGUCGGGUUCACGUCGCGCCUGGACGGCAUCUCUUCCGAGAUUUCGGGCCAGAUCGCGGCAACAAAGUCGGAAGCUACCCGGCACGCCCUCGCUUACGGCCGUUUUGAGGAGAUGAUUCUCGACUCUUACUCAUUGAUCCCCAACAUUCACAAGGUGGUCAGUAGCGUGUAUGACGAAUACGGUCUCCCCAUCGCCAGCGUCGCAAAAGACAUCUACUCCAACACCGUCAGCAACCUCUUCCAGUCCUAUCUGGCAGUGCGAGACCGCGACCUGAAGCCAGUAGUGCAGCAUGACUUGGACGAGUUCAAGAAAGAGAUCAAGGAUCUGUCCGUCGAGACGGCCUCGAGGAACUACAUCAAGCAGACCUUCGAACGCGCCUUUAACGAGUCCAACCUGUUCUCCAAGAUCUUCGGUCUAGACCUCCAAUGGAGCUCCGAACCCGAGUCGGCAUACGCGGUCCUCAAGUCCAACAACAGGUCGCUUGUGAACCCGGCUAACCUCGUACAUCUUGCCACCAACCUGCAAUCGUCGCUGCAGACCGCAGACCUCGACACGAUUUGCAGCGUCGUCGGCUGGCUAACCAACGAGUACCUGGUUCUCGACUACGAAGAGGAGGAAUCGCCCUUCGCACGUCAAUGCAGAGAGCUGAGCGCCAGGCUGUUGACAGAGCACUUGUGGGUCUUCACGGACAACUCAUUCGAGGCGGAAAUCACCAAGACGGUCACGAAGGCCGCGGUGAAGGACGAUGCUCUCACCAUCGGGCCCGUGGUCGACGGUGUCUCCUCAUCCAACGCCUAUCCUCCGGUGAAGCAGGCUUUGAAACUGCUGUCCAUGUAUGACCAGGCCAUGCCAAAAGAGCGCAGUCAAAAGAACAGCCAGGUCGUGUUCAAAAUCGUCCGCGAGACAAUCCAGAUUCUCCAGCGCGCCGAGGCCCGCAUCAAGUCCAUCAAAGCCGGCACGGACGCCGAUCUCUUCAUGGUGAAGAACCUCCUAAUUAUCAAGAACGAGCUCGUCUCCCUCGAGAUCGGCGACAUCCGCAGCGACGCCGCCGCCAUGCAGCACUUCGGCCACAUCUGGGACCACCUCAGCCCCCAGAACUGGGUCGGCUUCGUCAGCAACAUCAUCAGCGUCGGAUCGCUCUGGUCACGCGGCGGCGGCGGCGGCACGUCACAGCCGUCCGUCACGGCCAAGACGCUGACGGUCGAGGACAUGAGCGAGCAGCUGGACGAGCUGCUGAGGCAGUCCAUCGUCGCCUUCACGCAGCGCUGGGGCAAGCUGAUGAACGACGCCAAGGACCGGAAGCCGGGCGUCAAGCCGAUCGGCAAGGUCGAGAAGGAGCUUGAGGAAGUGCUGCAGCGUGCCUUUAGUAACCAGCCCGAAGUCAUCGGCAAGCUUCAGGAGGCUAUCCAGAUCAACGCCCAGGCGCAGGAGGCGGCGAACGGCGAGAAGAAGGGUAUUAGGCGGUAUUAG